AUGCCGUUCCUACGGUCGCUGGAUGUGGUGGACAGCAGCCUGGAGCUGCGCAGCUCGAAGACCCUCAUCGGCUCGGCUGCGGCAACGUGCGACGUGGUGGUUACAGGUGACAACGUCUUGGAUCUCCAUGCGCUACUGAACCUGGCGUCUGACAAGGCGUCGGCGAAGCUGGUGCCGUUCUCGACUUCAGAGGCCGGAGUCUGCUACGUGAACGACGUUGUUGUGCCCCGAGAAGGAGCGACGGUGGUGCAUGGCGACCGUGUGGCCUUUGGACACCCACGCAACGUGUUCUUGUUUGAGCUGACACCGCACCCACAGAUGACCGCGAUGUCUACUGCUCAGUCGAUAGAAACUGAGUACUCACACGAUGCUAGUGCCAAUCGAGCAUUUCGAAGGGCUUUGGACACUCUACGAGGAGACCGCAAGGCAACGACCCCCAAUGCAUCCGUCAUGGCCUCCAUUCAGACCAAUCAACGGAACCGCCGCAGUGUUUCUUCAGUUGAAAGCUCCGCGCCGUCACCAUCGAAGUCUAAGGACCAGUUGAGUAAGUUCUUGCUAGAGGCGUCAACGGAUUCGUUGCUUAGCGACUACGUUGAGCGCAAAUUAAAGCAGCGCCGAAGCGGAUCGACAGCUCUCUCCAGACAAUCAUCCGUGGCUGGCUCGCAGCAACGUGAUUCUAGGCGCGGUGAUAGUGCUUCAAGCAGCGUGCGGCAGUCAAGGGAAACACGAAAUUUGGUGGAGGUGGAGAAGCUGAAACUUUCCCAGCGAAUCCGCGAAGUCAACGAUGUACUCAAUGGAGACAUGGACUUUCAAGACAGCUACUUGUCACCUACAGCGAAGAGCAAUGAAGACGAAGACGACGACGAGGAAGAAGAUGAUGACCUGCCAGCCAUGAUGGAAAAGCCCGCUAGCCCUCCAGCGAACCAUCGUCUAGCGAGCCUGUCGGCCUCGAUUCAAACAGAGCACUCAGAGCAAGUUUCUGAAGUUAGUGGUCCUCAACAACAGCGUCAGAGCUCCAACCCGCCCAAAGCUCGCGACUUCUUCGCGAAGGCGAUGUCGCUUGGACUCAAUGAUCUCACCCGCUCAGAUUCACGUCCGGUCAAGGUGGAGCGACAAGAUGCGGCGAAAACGGCACUACAUGAAAAACUUAUCAACCAGACCAUCAGAUUGAAGCGGAAUGAAAUUAAGAGUCAAACGUUUGUUCGCUGGCAACGAGGCCUCCGAAUACAGAGUCAGAACCGCGAGCGCAAAGCCCGAAAGCUUCAAGAGGUUAGCGCAGCACUCGGUAAACUGCGUCGUGGCCACAUUUUCCAUCUUUGGCGAGAUGUAGCGACUUUGAGUAGCCAAGUGAUUAUCUGUCGACUGGAAGCGUUCCAGCAGCGAUGUGAAAGCCGACUAGUUCGUAAAUGCUGGACGGCUCUCUAUCAGCAUCAUUUAUCGAUGGCACAGCGGUCAAAGCUUUUACGUGGGCUUGUUGUCAAGAAAGCGCUGCUAACGAGGCACGUUGCAUUUCGACGAUGGGAACGAGUGGCACGUCUGCACACGACACAGAACCGCUUGCUCGAACUACAGCGUCGCGAGCAGCACAUACUCGACGUUCACCUUGAACGCAUAUCGGAACGUCAUUACCACCACAGAAGUGUCCAGCCCUUGCUAGUCCAAAUUUUGCGUAGGUGGAGAGCGAUCGCUGAUCAGCACAAAAAGCAGCAGCAAAAGCUGCGGAGGGUGUUCCUUCGUCGUGCUUCCAAGCUUGUUCUGCGGUCGUGGCGAAAGUGGAGUGAGGUCACUCAUCUUGAGCAGUAUCACGUGAAGUUGAAGAUGCAAGCUGAACAGUACAUUCAGCAGACGACCGAACGCCUUACGAGCCAGCACGAACAAGUGCAGUCUUCACGGCGGGAAGAUCAUGCUACCCAACUGCAGAAGCUAAUGGAAGUGAUCGAAGAGAAGGACCAAGAGUUGGAAAAACUCAAGCGGCAACAACGUGCAGAAGUUCUUGAAAAGGUUUGUUACUGUAAUCGAAUGUUUUUACCAUGUAGGUCUAUUACUUGGACUGGACUAACACGAGCGUUGACAUGUAUCAAGGCCGCCGCUAAAACGCAGUGGGAGAAAGACUUGCACAGCUUCUUUGAAAUCGCCAUUGUCAAGGUAAAACGAGCUUUCGUGCUGCCAACAGAACCAUCUGCUAAAUAUUCUUGUCAACAGUGCGAUGAACAGAUCGCACAGGCCAGCGACCAGCUCGAAGGACUUCUACAAAGCGCUGAAGAUGACGUCCUCGUCGCUCGCUUCGGAGCUGCACAGGUUGGUAGCCUCCUUUCUUCCCAAAACAGCACGAUUAUCUCGUGCUCACGCCACUGUAAUUGCCAUCGAUAG